UUUCACUAUUUUUUUUUCUUAUAUUAGCUGCCUAUAUAUAGAGAAUGGUCCUACCCUUUAACCCACAACAGAAAACCAAGAAACCCCAGAUUCAGACUUUCAAUUUAAACUCUCCCUUUCAAAGCUUUCAUCUUUCACCCAUCCACCUGUUACCCAUAAAAGAUCUUCUUCAAAAUCAGAUACCAGAAGAAAAAAAAAUCUGCAAAAAUGGUGAAUGCAGCUUGCAGGGCUUGGAUUGUGGCAGCAAGUAUUGGAGCUGUUGAGGCUCUGAAAGACCAAGGAAUUUGCAGGUGGAAUGGGGUUUUGAGGUCACUGCAACAGCAUGCCAAGAACAACAUGAGAUCAUAUUCCCAGGCCAAGAAACUCUCUGGGUCUUCUUCUUCAGCAAUUUCUAACAAGAUGCAGAGGUCACAGGAGGAGAAGGUGAGGAAAGUCAUGGAGUUGAACUGCUGGGGUCCUAACACUACUAGGUUUUAGAUUUUAGAUUUUGAGUCUGUGGAUGGAUGUAAUCCCUUUUUCCAUGAAUUACAUGACUUCACUUCACUACUCUUUGAUCCUUUUCGCUUCAUUUUCUUUUUCUUUCCCCUGUUUGUAUCAAAAAAAAGGGUUCUUUUGUUGUUGUCUUUUUGAUGAAGCUGAGUGCCAAAGUUUUAUAACUUGGGCCUAAAGAAAUGAGAUUAAAUGCUGCCUCACUAAAUAGAUAGAAUUAAAGAGAAAUUUGCCAUAUUGGUUUUU